GGAUUAAACCUCUUAGUUUACAGUUAAUCACGAAUCAGAAGUUAUCUUAUUUAACACAACAGCUGUAAUCUUCAGGCUAACAGCUACAGUCUGAAAGCUAACGGCUAUCGGCUAACAGCUACAGUUAUUAUUCCAGUUCGGCUCUGGGGGAGUAACAGUUGAUAUGACAGCUGAUGAGCAGCAUGGAGGAGAAGAAAGAGACCCCUGGAGCUCAGAAACCGAAAGGAAGAGAGAGACGUCACAGCUGUCAGCAAUGUGACAAAUCCUUCACAACAUCUGGAACUUUAAAGAGCCACCUGCGUAUUCACACAGGAGAAAAACCGUACAGCUGUGAAGAGUGUGGGACAACUUUCACUACACCAGGUCAUCUCAAAAUACAUCAACGUAUUCAUACUGGAGAAAAACCUUACAGCUGUGAAGAGUGUGGGACAACUUUCACUCAAUCAGGUUCUCUCAAAUCACAUCAACGUAUUCAUACAGGAGAAAAACCUUACAGCUGUGAAGAGUGUGGGACAACUUUCACUCAAUCAGGUUCUCUCAAAUCACAUCAACGUAUUCAUACAGGAGAAAAAUCUUACAGCUGUGAAGAGUGUGGGACAACUUUCACUACAUCAGGUGCUCUCAAAACACAUCAACGUAUUCAUACUGGAGAAAAACCUUACAGCUGUGAAGAGUGUGGGAAAACUUUCACUACAUCAAGUGCUCUAGAAUCACAUAAACGUAUUCAUACAGGAGAAAAACCUUACAGCUGUGAAGAGUGUGGGAAAACUUUCACUCAAUCAAGUGUUCUACAAUCACAUCACCGUAUUCACACUGGAGAAAAACCUUACUGGUGUGAAGAGUGUGGUAAAACUUUCACUACAUCAAGUGCUCUCAAAACACAUCUUCGUGUUCACUCAGGAGAAAAACCUUACUGGUGUGAAGAGUGUGGUAAAACUUUCACUACAUCAAGUGCUCUCAAAACACAUCUUCGUGUUCACUCAGGAGAAAAACCUUACUGGUGUGAAGAGUGUGAGAGAACUUUCACUACAUCAGGUAAUCUCAAAACACAUCUUCGUGUUCACUCAGGAGAAAACCCAUAUGUCUGUCAGCAAUGUGACAAAUCCUUCACAACAUCUGGAACUUUAAAGCGCCACCUGCGUAUUCACACAGGACAAAAACCGUACAGCUGUGAAGAGUGUGGGACAACUUUCACUCAAUCAGGUCAUCUCAAAACACAUCAACGUAUUCAUACUGGAGAAAAACCUUACAGCUGUGAAGAGUGUGGGACAACUUUCACUAGAUCAGGUGAUCUAAAAAUACAUCAACGUAUUCACACUGGAGAAAAACCUUACAGCUGUGAAGAGUGUGGGACAACUUUCACUCAAUCAAGUGCUCUCAAAUCACAUCAACGUAUUCAUACUGGAGAAAAACCUUACAGCUGUGAAGAGUGUGGGACAACUUUCACUACAUCAGGUUCUCUAGAAUCACAUCACCGUAUUCACACUGGAGAAAAACCUUACUGGUGUGAAGAGUGUGGGAAAACGUUCACUACAUCAAGUGCUCUCAAAAGACAUCUUCGUGUUCACUCAGGAGAAAAACCAUAGUGGUUCUAAGAGUGUAGGAGCCGCAAUUAAGCAUAUUUUGUUUUUUUCACAGUUUACAAUAAACAAUUCCCAUCUAUUG